GCAAAGCCCCACUGACCCCCCCUGCCUGCCUUGUUCUUGCUUCCCAAGGGACCAGGCCUAGAGCAGACUCAUCUCAGCUCUUGCUCACACCCAGCCCACCAUGGAUUGGUUUCUAGUUGCCAUUGCAUUCCUCCUUGGAAUCAUCAUUAGACCUGCAGUUGUAGCACUGGUAAAGGGUGAGGCCAUCAACUUCUCUAUGAAUACCAAGUAUUUUGCCUUCAGUUUUCGAAUUGGAGAGUCCAAGAUAGUCUUGGCAUCACUUGAUGCCAAGAUGUCCAAGAGGAAGCCAACUCUGGAUUUGGAACCCAAUAAGGAGACAAUUACAAAUGAGGAAUUUGUGGAAGAGCCCAAGAAGGAGAAAACGUCAGAUGAGGAACCCAGGGAUGAGACAAAUCCUAGUGAAAAACCCAAGGAUGAUCCUGGUGACAGUCCUGAGAAUGAGAAAAGUCCAGGGAACAGAGCCAUUAAAACUGUCAUUGGAGCCACAGUGGGAGCAGGAGUGGCACUGGUUGGCAUCCCAGCGUGCAUAGGCGCACUGGGGCUCACAGGAGCCGGCAUCGCCGCUGGCUCCAUCGCUGCCAAGAUGAUGUCAACAGCUGCCAUUGCCAACGGGGGAAAAGCCGUGCUGCAGUCGGUCGGCGAGUGGGGAGGGCAGGGUAGCUGGGCUUCAUCUCCAUGGCAGGGAACACAGGGUUGUAUCCUGGACUUGCUCUAG